AUGUUCGUCGAGUUCACCGUCGGUGAGAAGUGCGUGUGCAUGCAUAAAAACGUCGCCUACAUCUCAAAAAUCACCAAGAUCCAGGAGAUCCGAGGAGUCAAAUACUACUUCGUCCACUACGAGGGAUGGUCGAAAAAUCGUGACGAGAAGAUUCCGGUUGGAUCGGAUCGGUUGUUCAAAGGCACAAUGGAAGAGUUCAAGCUGAAUCAUCCGGGAGUCAACGCAGAUGAGUCGAGACCUGCUCUCAUGGAGAAAAACAAGAGAAAGAGAAAAGCGGAUCCAGUUGUGGAGGAUAACAAAGAGGAUGCGGACGUCUCUGCAUUGCAAGCGAAGAAACCUCAUUUUUCCAUUGAAUGGCCCAAAGAGAUGUUGUCGAUUGUGAUUUUUGAUCAGAUGGUUGCAAACGAGAAGCCGGUGGAGUUGAUUGCUAGAUUGCCGCCCAACGGACAGACAGUUAAUGAUAUUGUCAAGGCGUACAUGGAGUUCCUCGGAGUUCCUGCCGAUAGCAUGGAAGAAACGGAGAACCAGAUUCUCCAAUACAACGAAAACGGCGUUUCACUCAGCAAUUUGAGCCUCGCUCACUCGGCACAAGGGCUCUUGGCCUUGUUCAAUGCGAUCCAUAACUCCCAACUGAUCCGUGCGGAAGAAAAAGAUCAAUUCUACAAAUUGUACGCGGAUCACGCAAUGAACAACGGGCUGUCAUACGAGGAGAUCCGAAAGAAACCGGUCGAAAAUGGGUUCUACGCCUCGAAACACUACGGGAUUGUCCAUUUCCUUCGGAUGUUUUCGAUUAUCGAAGAAAAAUGUGUUCCAGACAUGAAACCGCACGUCAUCAUCGGAGCCAAUCGUUUCUUACAGUUUCUCGAGAACAACCGUGAUCAGUUUUUCGACGAGGAAAUCGACUACGAGCCUAUUCCUAUCAAGGAGGAAAAGGAAGUAGAGGGAACUAGCUCAUCCUAA